GAUAAAUAGCAUUAAAAGAGUUUCCAAACUAUUCGAAAAUGAAAAUUCCCCUCCAACGCAUAGAAGUCGAAACAACACUUCUUGCUUCUCUCGUGAUUCUCAUUAAUACAUUCCUCUCUCCCUCUCUCUUUCUUCAAUCCCGAUGGACGGCGGUGGAAGAGUGAGAACAGGUUGCAUCAGGAUCAGGCAUCUGUCUCCACGGAGAGUCAUGGCUCGGUUGUUUUCCUCACCGAGCAUGGUCAAAGGGAAGAAGAAGAAGGCUAUGGUCGAAGGACGUGUAAGAGACUGUGACUCGACGAGGAUCAUAAACGACCCUCAUGAUUCGCUCGAUUCUGAACUGCGAAGAAGGGAGUUCUUGUUCGGCAUUGGGAUGAGUUGUUACUUGCUACAUCUGAUUGCUAACGGAAGAGAAGAGAUUCACAAGAUAGUCGAGCUACGUAACGAUAUAGAGAAGCUUCUCGAGUGUAAGAACGACGAGAUGAGGCGUAAACAGCAAGAGUUUGUCGAGUUAAGGAACGAUAUAGACAAGUUAUUGCAAUAUCACAAUGAUGAUUUGAGGCGAAAACAACAAAGGUUUGUCUCUGGGAAGCAAGAGCAGUACUGUGAAACAACCACAAGUGACUUUGUGGGAACUUCUAGUGAUUGCUAUUACUCUCCACAGUUACUGGAGACAUCUUUGUCUGUUGGAGGUGAAGGUUCUUUUAAGCCUUACGUGUUUAAGGGGAAGGGAGAAGAUUUUGGAGGAGACAUAAUGGAUCAGCUUGAAGCAGAACUCGAAGCUGAGUUUGAGCUUCUUCGGACUGGUCAAAACCAAGAGAAGAGUGAUGAUUCAAGAGGAAUAAGGCCAUUGGAGGAACAACAAGGAGUGUGUCCUUAUGAGCUAGAGAGAAGGCUUCAUGAGCUCAUGGAGACAAGACAAGAAGAGAAGAUAAACGAGCUAGAGUGUGCGCUGGAAGAUGCUAAGAAAAGGCUUCAUGUCAAGGAGGCUGAAGCUUCUUGGUGGAAAGACACUGCUUGCAUUGUCUCUGAACAUAUUCCUCAGCCUUCUAAAAUCAAACCCAACUCUCAAACUCGUCAGUACCCUCUCUCUAGGUAAUAAAUUUGGUGUUCCAAGUUUUAUCAGAAAACAAAAGUGUUGUAAUGUUGUGGAGAUGCCAACAUGUUAAUUAAUGGAUUUGCUUCUUCUUCUUUUUUUAUCAAUUUGCUGUGGAGAAAAAGAAAUGUCAAUCUUUUGCAAUGCCCUUCCUGGAAUGAAAAUU